GCCAGUAGGUGGCAGUAUGUGGAAAUAUAGGUUGUAUGCCAGACUGUUUGCGGAAAGGCUGCAUUGUUUCCACGAGACAAGCAGGUCUAGACUGAAAUGUAGCUAAAGAAAGCAGGAGAAUCUUAUUUGGUAGUGUCUGGUGACCAGUGGUGAGCCUUCAGAAUAGCCAUGAUGUCUUUCAGGAUUGUCUCCAGGCUUGGCAAACUGUCAGUGAUGCCCACAAGGAGCUGUAGUCGACACCUCUGCAGCGAUGCCAGCAAGGCCUGGAUGGAUCAGAGGCAGACACACAGGACCUCAGCCCACAGACACAGAGGGAAGGAGGAGAGGAAUGAAGAUCCAGAUCUGGACGAUGUAGACGACAAGGUCCAGGCUGUGUUCAGUGAAGAGAGGAGGAGACAGAGGACGGUGAAGUACCAUAUAGUUAAGAGACAGCUGACCGAGUCUGGAGCUCCAGAGAGGAGGCUGAGCUGGGACGCCAUGGAACAGAUCAGGUAUCUGAAGCAGGAGCUACCAGAGGAAUGGACCAUUGACCGUCUGGCAGAGGGAUUCUCUGUCCAUCGUGACGUCAUUCUACGAGUCCUGAGGAGCAAGUUCGCCCCCACCCCAGAGAGGAAAGCUAAACAGGACACCAGCGUGUGGGCCAGGCUGAGACAGCAGGCCUUACCUGGGGGUGGAACAGGGGGACAGGGCAGGCAGGUGGCCCUACCUGGGGGUGGAGCAGGGGGACAGGAGAGGCAGGUGGCCUUACCUGGGGGUGGAGCAGGGGGACAGGAGAGGCAGGUGGCCUUACCUGGGGGUGGAGCAGGGGGACAGGAGCAGGCAGGUGGCCCUACCUGGGGGUGGAACAGGGGGACAGGGCAGGCAGAAAGCCCUACCUGGAGGUGGAACAGGGGGACAGGGCAGGCAGAAAGCCCUACCUGGAGGUGGAACAGGGGGACAGGGCAGGCAGAAAGCCCUACCUGGGGGUGGAGCAGGGGGACAGGAUAGCAGGUGGCCCUACCUGGUGGUGGAGGGGCAGGGGGGCCGGGCAGAACACAGCAUCCUGCCUCUGGACAUAGAAGUAGCAAACCAGCCAUGCUGCCCACAGGAAGUGGCACUGGUGCCCUGGUCACCCUGGCUAGCCACAGUAGCCAGAGGCUGAUAGCCAGGGACUUGGAGGAUGACCCUGGCCCAAGAGCCAUGAUGACUACUGCUAAUUAUCCUGCUGCUCCUCUCACCUCACUACCCACCCAGCUCUCAUCCCCACCAACCCUGCACAGCAGACACACCUCAGGACAAGAUAACUCGAGAGAGGAGUGGGAGGAAGAGGAAAAUGUGUCAGAGAAGGUUGAGGAGAAAGACGACCAGGAGGAGAGAUGGGAUGGAAGGGUGUUUUCAGAGGAAGAACUGGAGGAACUAAUGCUGUCGUCAAAGCCUUCGCCAGUGGUACCGAAUGGGAGAGAGUUCUUUGACAGUGAAGGAAACUUCCUGUACAGAAUCUGAGAUAGCAAAAUGGCACCCUAUUCCCUACAUAGUGCACUACUUUAGACCAGGACCCGAUGGGUGCCAUUUUAGAAGUAGCCUGAGAUGUUGUUGAUGUGUUGGUUUCCUAAAUACAGUCAAAUGCAAUACACUUUGUUGGAAGAUGCCAGAGACUUAUUAUCCCGCAAACUAAUAAAGCACCAUUUCAAAUGUA